AUGAGGGGUUUGUCAACCCAAACAGCCAUCCGCCUAAUUGCUGUCACCGUUCAAGUGUCUUUACAUUUAAUUACGUUCGAAGCAGACCCAGGCGCUGAUCCCCGAGAGCUGGUGUACUUGCUAACCGAAAAGAUCGGGUUGGACAAGGAAUGGUGUGCCAAAUGGCAGACAAACUCGGCAUUUCCUUCUCGCUGUCAACCUACACUCAUGUCAACGCUUCAAGAGCCGUGGGUCCCCGCAUUUGAUCGGCGUUUACAGAACAAAACGGCUCUCAUCACUGGUGGAGCUGCUGGGAUUGGGCUUGCCAUCGCCACAAGUUUUCUUGAGCAGGGUGCAAUGGUUCUUAUCGUCGACUUUAGUCAACCGAACCUUGACAGAGCCCGUGUUUUCUUAAAACAAAAAGGCGUUGAUGAAAGCCGAUAUGUACUUCACCAGGCUGAUGCCGCGGACGAGGAGUCCGUCAUUCAAUCGAUAGAGAAAUGCUGGAAAGUAUUUGGAGCAAUGGAUAUAUCAAUACUGAAUGCUGGAAUAGGAGGGAGAGAAGCUCCUAUUGUUGAGCAAAGCCUCGAAGACUUCGAUAAACUCAUGCAUAUAAAUGCUCGGGGUGCAUUCAUCGGCCUGAAGGAAUCAGCAAAAAAGAUGAUCGCCAUGAAGAGGCCCGGCGCAAUAGUCUUGACAUGUUCGACAGCUGGACUGCGCUCGCGGCCUAACAUUGCCUGUUAUUCCAUGACCAAAUUCGCAGUUCGCACUUUGGCAAUCACUGCUGCCAAAGAGUUGAUGCAAUAUGGCAUCCGGGUGAACAGUGUGUGCCCCGGCGUUGUGGAAACUGCAUUACUAGAUCUCUUCCCCAACGCCCGCGAAAUCGCUGCACAAUCACCAAUAGGGCGAGUUGGACAGCCAGAUGAGAUAGCGAAAGUUUUUCUUUUCUUAGCAAGCGAUGAAGCAUCUUUUGUUACAGGGUCGUGUUACAAAGUCGACGGCGGGUGGUUGGAUCAUUAA